AUGAGCUCUCAAAUCAAGACGCGAAAGAAGUCUACUCGCGACUCUAAUGUUGGCAACAGUGGAAACAUUGGAAAUGGUAGUGGUAGUAGCAGUAGCAGCAGUAGUACUACGACAUCAAACCAUGCUGGUGGUACCACCAGGAGGGACAAACCAAUCAAUUACAAAUGGGCAUAUGAUAUGCUUAAUUGGAGCGAUGGUUCAUUUACAACCUUCACGCCAACACAAUUCAAGCUAAAUGCCUUGUUCACAUUCAUUGUGUUCAUCGUCACACUAGCCCUAUACGCUCGGACUCAGUAUCCAUCAGUCGCGGGAGGUGAUGCUGGCGAGCUCAUUAUCAACGCGCAUCAACUUGGCAUUGCUCAUCCUCCGGGAUAUCCUCUGUUCACAAUGCUUGGACGUGUGUUUGACAAGUUCAUACCAUUCGGAACGGUUGGCUGGCGCAUUGCUCUAUUCUCCUCAUUCUGUGGCGCAAUCUGUUCGGCCGCCAUGUUCCUCACUGUCCAACUAUGGGUCAAUGACACGUGGUGCGCCUUUGCGACGGCAGGACUGUUCACAUUCUCGCCACUCAUCUGGUGCUAUCAUAUCCAGGGCGAGGUAUUCUCGAUGAACAACAUGUUCGUGGCGCUGUUGGUGCUCGAAGCUGUCUGGUACGUGCGCACCAGGAUCUUUGAGAACGAGCGCUUCAACCCGUCGUUCUGGACCAGUGAUAGGAUCGCCUAUCUCUCUGCAUUCACAUGUGCGAUUGGUCUGACCAACCAGCACACACUCGUGCUCGUGGUCGUACCCUUUGCCUUUUGGCUGAUGCUCAUCGCUGGACGCGACCAUCUCUGGAGUAUCAACAACCUCACCAACCUUACAAUCGCCACCUUGUCCGGUCUCUCACCAUACCUCUAUCUAAUCAUCGCGCCAACCCUGCGUCCAACCGAGUACUCAUGGGGCAACACUUCAACCCUCAAGGGAUUCAUGACUCAUUUCCUUCGCGAGGAGUAUGGCACAUUGCAACUAUACAGUGGUGACUCUGGAUCAACAACAUUGUCACAGCGUAUCAUUCUAUACUUUGAGAACAUCUUUGAACAGUUCAACUAUGUUGGAGGUGUACUGGCCUUUAUUGGAUUGGUUGGAUUGUUACUUGGCAGCAACUUAAGGACAUUCCAAUGGCGAUCAGUUGGAACAAUGAUCAUCUUCACAUUUACAUUCUAUAUCACUUUCUUCUUCAACCUUUGCAACCUACCAAUUGAGAAACCACUCUACAAGGGUGUCUUCUUGCGAUUCUUUAUGCAACCCAACGUCUUUAUAUCAAUCGGCAUUGGACUUGGACUCAAGAUAGUGUCCAACCUACUCAACUCGAAAGCACCAACAAUCAAGAAGAUAACACUUCCAUUGUUGGCAUUGGGAUUGGUUGCAUUCCAGAUUGGAACAAACUAUCAACUACAGGACCAAAGCGAGAACCUCUCAUAUGUAUACUAUGGCCAUGCCGUACUUGACCCAUUGCCAAAGGAUACAUUGCUGUUGGUCGGUGGCGAUCUGAUCACCAAUGUACCACAAUACAUGAAGCUGUGCGAGGGCCUGCGACCAGACAUUGACAUUAUCAGCCUCGAAGAGAUGAGCUGGGAUUGGUUCACUGUUACGCAAGGACCCAUUUACAAGAACGUUAACUUCCCUGGCACAGUCUAUCAUCCACACAAGCCAGGUGGCUUCUCACUCAAGACCUUCUUGGACCACAAUCAACAUCGUCCAAUCUAUCUUGGCGGCGACUUUAAGCAUGGCGACUACUCCUUCCAGCAGCACUAUGUUACGUUGACGCGAGGAAUGACCUCCCAGAUCAUCCCGGCCAGCGCACCAAAGGGCCACUACCAGACUCUGUUGAAGGAGUACCGCCAGUUCCCCUGGUUCCCACUGCCAAACAACACAGUGAAGUAUCCAAACGACUCAUGGGAAUACUUCUUGGUGACGGACGUGGCCAUCAACCUGGAGAAGUCGGUCGAGAACCUGCUCACUCACUACCUGCGCGAGACUGGUGCUGAGUCAGAGGACGCCCUAAAGCUGGCCAUCGAGAUCAUGCAAAAGGUGCUGACCAUUCGCAGCACCAAGUGUUGGACAUUGAAGCAUCUGGGCGUCGCAGCCGAUCAUCUACGUUAUCGACUUGCACAGAAAGAUUCUGGAUCAUAUGAGAGGUACACGACCAUCCUACAUGACGCGUGGGCCAGGUACAUGGUCCAUUGUGAGAAGGAGAAGGAUCAAGACUGGGAUACCAUAACCAGUGUCGUCAAGCAACAAGUAAGAGCAUGA